AUGCAGGAUCCUGGUGAGAACAAGAGUUGUAGAGUAGGUGGUGAAGAAGAGGAGUGUAGCCAGCAUACAUCUGAAAACCCGGAUGAGCAAGCUAGCUCACAGAUUUCUGAAGCCGAGAAUGACAAUGGAAACUCCCCUCGUGAAAGUCACCCACAAGAUUCUGGUAGCCAGGCUGUCCAAGGCAGCCUCCACUCAAGGAGCCCUGUAGAGGCAAGAGUUGUGGCAGAACAAGCAGCUGUAGUUCCUCGGGAGGAGCAGGCACCAAUUAUCCCAGGACCCAGUGGAGAUGCUGGAACAACAGCUGGAAGUCGACUCCUGGAGUUUUCUGUAACAGUGCCAUUCAGGACUGCUGUGGAGGCAAACAUAGCCUGCAGAUCCCUGGCCUCAAAUGUCCAACAACAACAAGUGAUGGUUCAGCAGGAGUUCACCGUGAAUGACAGUACUCUGACUGUGAGGUGGGCCACUGAAGAUCCUGUUCUCUUCCGAACAUCCAUCAAUGCCUUCCUUGACCAGCUUUCCUUGGUGAUGAGGAAUAUCCCACGGCCAGUGUUUAUGGCUGUUUUCAAACAAGGAAGAGGAAGAAAUAAUGAAUCCUAG